CAAUCAUAUGCUUGUUUGUUCGAAUUCGAACGUGGGCUUGAUGGCGAUUUUCGAAAAUGGCUGCUGUUUCCGCUCAACAAUUUUUCCUGUCUUUCUGAAAAGCGACGAUUACAGGUCGACACCAUGAGUUCGCUUAAACUUCAAAAGAGGCUGGCAGCCUCAGUAAUGAGAUGCGGCAAAAAGAAGGUUUGGUUGGAUCCCAAUGAAAUCAACGAAAUUGCCAACACCAACUCCCGCCAAAACAUCCGCAAAUUGAUCAAGGAUGGUUUGAUCAUCAAGAAGCCCGUCGUUGUCCACUCUCGUUACCGUGUCCGCAAGAACACCGAAGCUCGCCGCAAGGGUCGUCACUGCGGUUUCGGUAAGCGCAAGGGUACCGCCAACGCUCGUAUGCCCACCAAAUUCCUGUGGAUGCAACGUCAACGCGUCCUCAGACGUUUGCUGAAGAAGUACCGCGACAGCAAGAAAAUCGAUCGCCACUUGUACCAUGACUUGUACAUGAAGUGCAAGGGUAAUGUAUUCAAGAACAAGCGUGUCCUCAUGGAAUACAUUCACAAGAAGAAGGCCGAGAAGCAACGCAGCAAAAUGUUGGCCGAUCAAGCUGAAGCCAGAAGACAAAAGGUCCGUGAGGCCCGUAAGCGCCGCGAGGAACGUAUUGCCAACAAGAAACAAGAGCUCAUCAACAUGCACGCCAAGGAGGAUGAAGCUGCUGCCGCCGCCGCUGCUGGCAAGAAGUAAAUUAGGCAA